AUGAAUACGCCAUUUGUGACGGCCGGCCCAGCUAACCCGACGUUUCAAACAAUAUCCAAAGAAACUGUGGAAUUCAUGCAGUCUAGCUCAUCAUCUGAACAGAGUUUUCGCACAGGGCGUCAGACGCAGUUGCUCACAGACCCUGAAGAAGCGUGUGUGAAGAACGUUCCCAGUGACGAACCAAAGAAUGUAACGGAAAAAGUUAAAAAGUGUAAAUUGUAUCAAUGUCCCGACUGUUCAAAAACAUUUCCAAAUCCAUCUAGCUUAAGCCUCCAUCAUAAUAAACACUCGGCUCUGCAUGACUAUCAGUGUACUCUUUGCUCACGCGUGUACAUCUAUCGAACUGGAUUGUACCAACACAUGAAAACAAAACAUCCAGGACACACUUAUUUUCCGACAAGAUUGUCCCGAGCACAGUCAAAAGAAAUGCGACAGAUGGAGUUCACUUGUGACGUCUGCCAGAAAUGCUUCGAUAAACUGAAGUAUCUUCGUAGACAUCAAAAGCAUGUGCACACGACGGAGGGACGCGUCGUUUGUGAAGAAUGUGGCUUGAACUUCUUUGGCAAAACCAGUCUGAACAUGCACGUGAGGGCUAAGCACACGAAAGCAGAUCCGUUCAAAUGCACUCGGUGUGGAAAAACGUUCCUGUAUGUAUCCAGCUACAUGCGGCACGUGAAGGUAGCCCACGAAAGUGACCAAACGGAAAAGACAGCAACCCCGAACUCGCACGUGUAUCUAUUCAUAUUCGGCAGGCACUUGAAACCCAGCCAUUCUGGACAAGCCAGUUUACUUACGAAAAUAUCAACCGCCCCUUCAUUACGAAUAUAUGAAUGCCAUGCGCGCCAGGAAGAAUUCCCAAAUGUCCCUUGUCUCGAAGUCCGUAACGUGCACAUGCAUACGAAUUUAAGGUACCCGGGCAGUGAGGAAUAUCACUUCUUAUUAAAGAAUCAG